AUGAUGAGCAUUGCUGGCGACUGGACGUUUCGUGGAUUCGAGAGGGAUUGAGCGCCACGAUUGAACCACCUCUUCCUGUUGGAGAGCAAGUGAAAACAAAAGUGAUCCACGAUGUCGGCGUCCUUCGCCACCGCCUCCGCCUCCGUCUUCGACUGGCUGCCCCUGUCGGGACACAGUUUUUGCCUGCUGGUGGUGCCCGGGCUGCUUAUCCUGAUCAUCCUCUGGCUGUGCGACCACCAGUACGACAGAGUACUAGGACGUCCGCCCCCAGGGCCCUGGGGUCUGCCGUGGCUGGGCUACCUGCUCUUCCUAAGCCGCCGGGCACCCCACAAAUCGCUGCAGGCUUUGGCCCGCCGCUACGGGGGCAUCUAUCAACUGCGCAUGGGCAGCGUAAAGGCAGUGAUACUCUCGGACGUGACCCUGGUCCGGGAGUUCUUCCGCCACGAGGUGAUGGCGGCUCGGGCGCCGCUCUACCUCACACACGGCAUCAUGGGCGGAUAUGGCAUCAUCUGCGCCGCGGGUCCCAUUUGGAAACAUCAGCGUCGAGAGCUUAUCGAUUGGCUGAAGGCAUUGGGGAUGACGCGGCGACCGGGAGAGACGCGGAGCCGUCUCGAGCAGCGGAUCGGGAGGGGUGUGGACGAGUGUGUGCAGCUGUACGAAACGGAUGCGGAUGUGAGUCCUUCGUCGGAGUUCGACCCGGUGCCCGCCCUCCAGCACACGCUUGGGAAUAUCAUCAACGAUCUGGUCUUCGGUGUCACCUACGAGCGGCAGGACCCCGAUUGGCUGUACCUGCAACGACUGCAGGAGGAGGGGGUCAAACUGAUCGGCGUCUCGGGCGUGGUCAACUUCCUGCCCUGGCUGCGAAGCCUGCCGUGGAAUCGGCGCAACAUAUGCUUCUUGAUGGAAGGCAAGUCCAGGACGCACGCCAUCUACGACCGCAUCGUCGAGAGUUGCGAGAAUAAGCUUAAAGAGCUGCAAGAGCAAUAUCAGGAGAAGCAGCGCCAGCGCCAACAGCAGCAGGAUCUACAGCAGUACCAACAGCAGAACCCACAGCAGGAUCCAGAGCAAGAGGAUCAGAAGGGGGAGGAGGAGGACGACGACGACGACGACGACGACGUGUAUGAACCUACUUGUAUCCUGGAGCAUUUUCUUAUCAACCGAGUGCCCUUUUCGGAGCUAUACUGCGACGAGCAGCUGCGCCAUCUCCUCGCCGACCUCUUCGGCGCCGGUGUGGACACCUCCCUCGCCACGCUCCGCUGGUUCCUGCUCUACAUGGCCCGCGAGCAGAGCUCCCAGCGCCGUCUGCACGAGCUACUCCUUCCCCUAAGUGCCACGCCCACACUGGAGGAGCUGCAGCCGCUGGCCUUCCUCCGGGCCUGUAUCUCGGAGGUGCAGCGUAUACGCAGCGUGGUGCCGCUAGGCAUUCCGCACGGAGCCGAGCGGGACUUCACUGUGGGAAAGUACCGAAUCGCGGCCGGCAGCAUGAUCGUCUCACUUCAGUGGGCCAUUCACAUGGACCCGGCGGUGUGGCCGGAGCCGGAGCAGUUCCGUCCGGAUCGCUUUCUCAAUGCCGAAGGACACUACUCGGCGCCGCCCCAGUUUAUCCCCUUCCAGACGGGCAAGCGCAUGUGUCCUGGCGAUGAGCUGGCCCGCAUGAUGCUAACCCUUUUCGCUGGUCGCAUCCUGAGACGCUUUCACGUGGAGAUGGUCCCCGGCUGCGAUGCGGACAUGGAAGGCGAGUGCGGCAUCACCUUGGCACCCGCCCCCUACAAGCUGCGCUUCACGAAGCUUCCGCCCAUGGAAUUGCAAGUGGAGGAGCAGCCACUGGUACAGGCCUAGGGCUAGGCGAGAGUGAGAUGGAGUGAUGGCUCUUUUUCCCUUUUAUGCAUACAUAUUAGUGUGUUUUAUUUUGUAUUUAGAAUCUUUUGAAAUAUAUUUGCUAAUUGGUGAUGUUAUCCUUCUUUAUCAA